AUGUCGCGAUGCCUUUUGGCUUCAAGAAAUCUAGGUUGCGUGUCGUACACUCUUACCAUGGCAGAAGAUAGUGCUACUCGGCUCAAAGCAUCCAUCUAUUUGAGCGUAGCCAAGGCGGUUGAGGAAAAGACGGCCGAGCUCAAAGUGGCAGCGAGCCCUUCUUUCGUCGCGUCUUUGGUCGAGCUUGUGUUCAACCAACUUGUUAGCGUUGGUGAGGACUUGGAGCUCUUUGCUGACCAUGCUGGGCGCUCGGUGGUUAAUUCUUCUGACGUUUACAUGGUGACACGGCGAAACGAGAUUUUGACUGCUGCGCUCAAAGAGUACGAAAAGACGUUGCCCAAGUAA